AUGUCUAACCGUGUUGGCUUGGCGCGUGUUAGGCCAUUAACAAUCAAGCCUAUUAAAAUGAAAAGUACGUCUGGCAAAGAUGUUGCAGAACUUCCAGACGGAAAAUAUUUCAAUGAAACUCGCGAAAAAGAAUUUUGGGAGCAAAUUGAAAAAGUAGACGAAUCAAAAAUUGAUGAAAAGCAAGCCGAUGAACUUAAAAGAACAGAAAAAGUUACUGAUUUACAAGAUACAUCAGGAAAAAUCCGCUCAUUAGUUCGAAAGUUUGAUGAUAUUGAUCAAGAAACUCUAAUGAACUUGGCCGCAAUAUAUGACCAAGGUACAUCUGAAUCUCUCGAUGAACAAUCAAUAUUAAAUGAUUCGAAAAGACAAGUUGUCGAUUUAAUUUCACAAUUAAAGAUAUUUUCGGAUUCUCAAUCUACUCUUGUUGAAAAUUUGAAAUAUUGGUUUAGUUCCCUCGAAAAAAGAUCAGAAGAAUCAGCACUUGAUCUGGGAGGAAUACCAAAUGUUAACGAUGUUAUUACUAGUUUAGGUGCAAUUGUUCAAGAAUUUGCAGAAAAAUCAGAAAGAGCAGAGUGUUUACAUAAUGAUAUUACAGAUUGCUUAUUUAAACAGUUUGCUCAGCUUAAAAGAGUUGUUGCUACAAAGAAUGAAGAUAUUAAGAAACUUCAGAAGAUUAUUGAUGAUAAUAAUUCAGCAGCAGAAAGAAGAAAAGCCAAAAAGAAAGAACAAGGUGCCAAAAACGAAGAAGGCAUCAAAAAGGAACAAUUCGAAGCCCAAAUCCGUCAAAAUCAAGAACUAAAAGGCCAAGUUGAACAACUUAAGAAACAAUUACAAGAUGCCGAAGUUCAUCGUGCUUCUCUCAUGGCAAUGGGCGGCAGAAUGGGUGGAGAUGCCAGCAAAGCAUCAGAAAUGCAAAGCACCAUCGCAACACUCAAAUUGGAGAACGAAUCAAUGACAAAAACAUUUAGUUCAAAAGUUGACGAACUAAAUGCUCAAAUUCAAAAAUUGAAGUUACAAAUCCAAGAUGACGAUGAGAAAUUCAAGCAUUACGAAGAGAAACUCAAGAAGAAAGACCAGAGAAUAGAAGAACUCGAUUCUAUGCUACAGAAAACUCUUCAACAACAAAUGCAAGAUUUAGAUCAAAGACAAACAAAUCCAUCAUCUCCAAGUAAAAACAAUGAACAAAUAAAGAGUUUGCAAGAAGAAAUGUCUAUCAUGGAGUUAAAGCAUAGUGAAGAAAUCAAGAAGAUACAAAAUGAUUUCAAGAAUGAAUUGAAAUCUCAAUUGGAUUAUCAAAGAAGUGCUUUUGCUCGUGAAAGACAACAACUUGUAAAUUCUUUGGGUUCACAAGACCAAUCAACAUUGAUUAAGUCAAUACAGACAGCUUGCGAUAAAAGAAUUGAAGAAUUAACCAAAGAAAACGAAAGAAUAAGAGAAGAUUCUCUCAAACAAUUAUCCGCAAAAAUUGCAUUAUUGACAAGACAAUACGAGCACAGAAUCAAAUCAUUGAACCAAUCUCAUCAAGGAGAAUUAGAUUCAUUGAGCGCUUCAGUUGAAAUGGCCAAGAAACAAUUACAGAUUGAUUUCGAUGGAAAACUUGAAGAAGAAAUUCAAAAGAUAUCAGAACAAAACACAACAACACAAAUGGAUGGAAAAGUUUACAUCGAAAAACUCGAAAGCCAAUUAAAGAAGAGAGAUGAAGAAACAAACAAACUUAGAGAAGCUUUAAUGACUGCUUCUAAAACAGGUGAAGUAAAUCCUGCACUUUUGAUUCCACCAGAAAGAGAACCUCUCGAAAGACCAGAGAGUUUGAUUUUGUUGGAUUCAAAUAUGAAACAAUCGAAGAUCUUCACUUCUAAACUCAAAAUAGCUAAGGAAGAAUUGGAAGAUCAGUGCAACUGGAAAUUAGAAAAACAGAAAGAAUACUAUGAGAGAAAAAUCUCUGAAAACGCUUUGAAACAACAAAGCGAAUUAAGACAGAGCCUCAUGGGAUUACAAGAAGCAGUAAACAAAGUUGAAAAGGUUGAUGAUCUCCAAGGAAUUUCAAAUAUCAUUGAAAACAUUGCUAAAGUUUUCUGUGACAUGAAUGAUCAAUUAAACCAAAUCGAGAAUCAACCAAAAGUUCCAAUGGUUACUGUCGAAGAUGCAGGAAAGAGAACUAAAGUACUUACAGACAGAAUCAUUGAUCUCAGACAACAAUGCCAAGAGUUGUCAAAUCAUUCAGAUGAUUUGGAACAGAUAGAAACAUUGAAACAACAAUUGGCUUUGGCAAGAAACAUGUCGGAUGGAAAUCAACAAAAGAUAUUCCAACAAUUCGAUGAAAUCAAAGCCCAUUAUAAAGAAGAAAUCGAGAAACGUGAUAAGAUAAUAAACGAGUUCCAAUCAUUAGACUUUACACCUAAAGGUAUUGUCGAAAUGAACUGGUUCAAAGACGUAAUCUUCACGAAAUCUCCUGAUGCAAAUCAAUUCCCAACCUUGGUUGAUGAAAACACAAGUCAAACACCGAAACAGAUGAUUUCUAUGUCAACAACACCAUUAGAGACUAACAGGUUCUUUGAUGAAGAAGAGAUACCACAAAUGAAUCUCGAGAUGCAAUCAAAGACAAUAGUUCACAUGGAUGAACCAAUUGUCAUCAAGAAUAAAGAUGAUACAAUUGUUGUUGAACCUGAUGGAACACAAAAGGUCACAAAACAAAAUGGUGUUUUGAUCACGAUUCAACCAAAUGGAACGCAGAUCAUCAAAGAGCCAAAUGGAACAGAAACAACAAUAGAUCCAAGCGGAGUUCAAUACAGAAAAGAACCAGAUGGAACUCACGUAACAAUUGAAAAUAAUGGAAGUCAAUUUAUCGUCCGACCAAACGGUUUACAAUACACAAUCCAAGAAGACGGAAUACAACAGGUUGUCAGACCAGAUGGAAAGCAUGUCACUAUAGAAACAGAUGGCACACAAGAGAUCUCUCAAGAUGACAUCAAAUUGAAGGCGAAGAUUAAGAAAGGUGGAAAUCAAUUCAUCGAAAUUGAUGGAUCGAUUAUUACAAUUGAUAAUGCUGGAAUGCAGUUCAGGAAGCAGAAAGAUGGUAGUGAAAUUACAUUCGAUAAUAAUGGAUCUCAGUUCAUUGAAAUGCAGGAUGGAACAAGAGUUACAAUUAACCAAAACGGAACACAAAACAUCGUUGACAAAGAUGGCACGAAAGUUACAAUUUCUCCCGAUGGUUCUCAAACAAUCAAGAGAGCAAACGGUGAGUCAUUCAUUAUAGAUGAUAACGGAGAUACAUACCAAAUCAAGGAAAACGGAGAAAACGUGAAAUUGGAUGAUGACGCUGUCAAACCGUAUAAACCUUAUGAAAAAGUGGAAAUGUUGAAACCGUUUGAGAUCACUGAGAAGCAAGAGAAGCGUAAGAAACUCGAGCCAUAUGUAAGCAAGGCAUCUGUCAAUGUAUCUCCUGCCAAACCUAAAGGAAAGAGAGUUUUCACGUUUGUCAAUCCAGCGCAAUCUCUUUCUAUUUACGGAAACAAGUUCGAAUACAUUGAAAGAUUUGAUCCAAUUGAUAUACUUGGAACAAGACCAAGAUCAGCACGCGAUGAAAUCAGAGUUACUAAGACAAGUGCUUCUGUUCAAACCAAAAAAGUUCCAGAAACAAUCAUUGAAAGAGUCAUUGAGAAAGAAAUGCCAAUGAAAUCAAGUAGAUCAACAUUGAGUAUUUCCAAUGACACAUUCACAAUUUCUAAAUCACAAGAAGAAGUUAAAUUGGCUGUAGACGAAUCAUUCAUAUCAGAACAGAUGGAUCAGAACAUCAAUUUGAAGCUUCCAAGUGCUCCUCAAACAUAUCACGUCGGUCCUGCUUUGACACCAAGAUUCAUGAUACAAAUGUCGUUCUGCGGAGAAAAACCUGAAAUCAAAAUACCACUUUCUUAUUCAAAUAACGAACAAAUUUAUUUGAGAGAGCCAUUGCCAGCUGUUUAUCUAGAAAAUUCUCCAGAAUCUUGUUACGAAAAACCUGUUCCAGACAAGAAACUCGUCAUGGCUUUGUUCGAUGCUUUCGAGAGACAAGAAAUAAAGAUAGAAGUCAUCAGUUCUACGGCAAAAACAUCGAAAGAUAACAAACCGAAAUUACAGAAAUACUCUACAAAUAAUAACAUCAUUUUCGAUGGAAAACCAUACAAGAUCUUCAUAGAAAGGAAGCUAUCAGAUGUCUAUGAUCAAACAAUAAUCCUUGAAAACGUUGUCGAGCCAAACAAAUUGAUGUUGGAACAGAUUAAAUUGGCCGCAAUUCAAAGAUAUGAAAAAAUGAUUAAAUCUCUAAAAAGUGACAUUGAAAUUUUACAUGAACAACUACAGCGUAAACCAGAGUUAGUUGUUAUCAAUGAUGGUGGAAAGAAUGAUGAUCUCAGACCACCACAAUUCUCUCACAAACCUGCCCUCAAAACUUAUGGAAGACAAGCUCUCGGAUUACCUCCUGAUCCAGCUCAAAACAAGGAGAGCCAACCAAAGAAUGAGUUCGUGGUCGAAGAAAACCCGCAGCCUGUACAGAAAGAGAAACCAGAAAUCACAAAAUUACCUAUUGAUGAAACAGAAAAAAGUGACAACACCAAAGAAACUGUUUCAUCAGCGAAAUCGAAGAAAUCCGUUGAUGCGAAGUCCACAGCUUCUAGUAUAAUGAUGGAUUUGAACAUUAAUGGUGUUGACAUACAGAAUGAUCCGUUUGGAUCAUCAGGAAGAAUUUUAUCAACACAAUUACGCGCAUUAAAGGAAUUUAUCGAAGAUGACAAUGAAGUCAUGGAGAAAGUUGCAAGUGAUACUGAUGCUUACUAUGCAUACAUCUCUGCAACAGGCGUUACCGAUGAAUCUCAUUAUGAUUUUAUUAAUUCUCUCAAAUCUUCCAAGGAAGAGCAUGAUAACUAUCACCAGCAGCUCUUCUACAUACAGAGUGUUGGUAUGAUGCUCAGUAAAUGCUUAAAUGCAAUGAAAUCUAAGUAUUCUGAGUUACAAAACGAACUUAAAUCCAUGAAAGAGGAGCAGAACCAACAGAGCUCUAAGAUGCAAGAAGAAAUACUUUCUUCAAUCGUCAACACUAACAAGGAUAUGUCAGAUACAGUAAAUCAACUAGAUUUACUUCACAAACUCGAGAAUUCCUUGAAUGCUGUCAACGAUAUUGGUCUUGUUCGUUCUGAAAGUGAUGAGAAAGAAUGGGAAUUAAUGCUUUCUCAAACACAAAUGUUCGAAGAAAAAUUAUCUAAAAACGAAAAAGUCGAACAAGAACAAAUCGACAGAUUAUCAGUGAAUGUUCAAUCAUUUAUUGGCAAACUGAACACACAAGGUGACAGUCCUAAAGAAGACAAAAGUGUUGAUGCAAUGAUCAAAGACUUGCAAAGAAUCAGGAAGCAAAAAAACAAAUUGAGAAAGAAAUACGACGAAGAAAAGAAAUUAAAUGAUUCAUUAAACAUCCAAAUACAACAGCUCAAAGACCAACUCCAAGAGCUCAAAGAUUCAGAAUCUGCUGAGAAAACAGCUGCUGCAGCACAACUUGCAAAUCUCAAGGAAAUCGUGAAUAUCACGAAUUCUACAAAUCCUGAAGAUGCAAAGGCAAUUUACUCUAAACAAUUGCUCAACAUGGUAUCAAUAUUUGAAGCUGCAAAUGCAGAAAAAGCGAUGUUGAUGUCUAAAUUAAAUGAUUUAGAACAAUCUUUGGCAACUUCCCAUGAAAGAGAAAACAAAUUGCAAGCGGAAAUCGGAGAUUUAAUUGAAAACAACUUGGAUUUGAAGCACUCAAACUCUUCAAGUAUAUUGUUUAAAGAUGCAGACAUUGAACAUCUCAGAGAACAAUUAUCUGCUGAUAAAGAAGUGAACCAAAAACAAAGACAACAAUUAGAAGAAGCAACAGCACAAAAUGCAUUGUUAAUACAGUCAAAUGCAAAAUUAGAAGAAGAAAACUUUAAGUUGAGAAAAGAUAUAAGACAGCUGAACAUGCAAAUCGAUGAUCUUCAGCUAAAACAACAAAUUAAAACUGUUAAAAAGAAAGAAAAUAAAAAACCGCCAAAAAUAACCGCCGACAAAGCUACACAAAAAUCAUGGAAUCCUGAACCGAUUAUCAUCAAACAGAAGGAAGAACAGUACAAGCCGAUGAAAGAUAAAGACAUUGCCGAUGGUUUAUUGAUGAAAACAAUUGACCAAUUAAAUGCAAAACCAGUAAUUGAAGAAGAAAAACCAGAAGAAAUCAAACAAGAAGAAACCAAACCAGAACAAGAAGAAAAGAAGGAAGAAGAACCAAAAGUCAAUGAAGAAAACAUCAAACUUGCUAAAGAAGAGGAAGAUACAGUAGAAAUGCCAUUGAUCUCUUCAAGUAGUGACUUAUUCUAUAAAUUAGACGCAGAUAAUGACAGUGAAGAUGAAUUUUCUGCUGAAUUAUCAUCGAUUACAAACCAACAACAAAUCUUCUCAAUCGAUGAAAACGUUCCUCAUUUAGUACACGAACCUUUGAUGAUUAACAAGAAGAAGCCAAAGAUUGUAUUGCCAACAGUAGAAAAGAAAGAUAACAAGAGACAAAGCCAUAAGAGACACAUCACUCAAAUGAACGCAAAUCUUAACCAAAUGAAACAAGAAGAAUUAGAUAUAACAAUAGGAAACGCUGUACAAGGAAAAAGACAAGUUACUGGUGUCGCAAACAAGAUCAAACCAACAACAAAUCUUCAGGAUGUUACAGCAACAAUUAUUGCUGCAACACAGAAACCGAAAUCAGAUCAAAUUCCUGUUAUUACUUCUUCUUUGAAGAUGCCAAUGGUUUCUUUGGCAGAAAAACCAUCACAAAUCAAUGCAGCACCAAGCAACCUGAGCCAGACGAUUUCAAACAAGGAGAACCUUCCUGCGUACGUGAAGAUAGACAAUACAUUGGAAUCAGCACCUCCUGCACCUUUAAGAAUCACUUUAGUUGUGAAAGAGACAGAGCAACAAAAGAAAGAAGCGGAAGAAAAAGCAGAAAAAUCGAAACCAAUUGUUUCAAUUCCUCCUCCAUUGCAGAGAACAAGCGAAGAUCCAGUCAGCAUAGAGAUAAAAGGUGCGCAGAUCCAACAAGAGAAGAACAACAGAGAAGUUCAAGCUGCAAUGAGAUUGGUCGGAAAACUCAGAGAACAAGUGAAGAGAUUGUCAGAUCAAAACGAAGAAUGCGAGAAAACAAUUGUAGAAUUGAGACAAAAGAUCAGCGAUUUGACAUUGCAAUUGCACAGAGCUAAGUUAGACGUUAUCAAGGCAAACGAUGAAAGAAAGAGAACACAAAUCAGAGCAGACAAUAUCAAGAAUCGCUUGGAAAUCUGUUACAAGGAAAUGUCAAGUAAAGAUGAUCAAAUUGUCAGAUUGAAGAGAGACAAUAUGUUGCUUAGAUCUGUUGCACAACCAAUCAACGAAGCUGCAACAAGGAUAUCGCAUGCACAGAGAGAAAGAGAGAGAAUACAGAGAGAAAAGAAGCAAAGAGAUCAAGUCAAAGCUGUUACAACAGCUGCUUUGGCUUCUGCAACAAAUACAGAAACGGCAAAGCACUUGCAGACUCUCCUUGCAAACACAGAAAACUCUAUGGCAAGACUGGAGGCAAAGAGAAGAAUGUGGAUGGAAAUAGAAAGAAAGAAUACAAUGUCUGUUUUGUCUGCAAUGUCGCUUUUGUCUACAUCAGAAGUACAAACAGUUAAAAACGUUUUACCAGAAUAUUCUCCAUUCAACAGCAGAAGAACUAAUUAUCCACGUACAGCACAGGCAACGAUGAGAACUGAUGAAGACGUGAAGAUCUUAGAAGAUAGUUUACCAAGCGAUUUGAAGAAACCGAUGACUUACACGCAAAAGAUCAGUGCAAUGGAUAAAGUGCAGCCGCCUUUGACACCUGAAGAGAGAAGAGAUAUAGUAUUGAGAAAAGAAUCUCCUGAAUUACUUUCAAGACUAGCAAAAGUUAUUGCAGAAACCCCAGAUCCCAAUCUAAAAAAUGAAUCUGUUAUUCCUGCAAAACAAUAA